GAGGGCAGCAUUAAAUAUCACGUGAGAGCUGACUGAUUCACGACUUUUUCACGUCUAACAAUUAUUCUGCUCUGAAAAUCGACACAAAUUUUACAUUUUGCCAGAAGUCAAGAUGUCGUAUGGAAUGCAGAGAGGUCAGAUGGAAGCAGCCAAAGAGCAUACGGCAGCUGUAACAAGAGAUUAUAUCACACAACCCAGAUUAACAUACAGAACAGUAUGUGGAGUCAAUGGACCACUGGUCAUUUUGGACAAUGUGAAGUUCCCAAAGUAUGCUGAGAUUGUCACAUUGACCCUUAAUGAUGGGUCAAAGAGGAGUGGUCAGGUGCUGGAAGUCAGUGGGUCAACUGCUGUAGUACAGGUUUUUGAGGGUACAUCGGGUAUCGAUGCUAAGAACACAACAUGUGAAUUCACAGGAGAUAUUCUAAGGAUGCCUGUCUCAGAAGACAUGUUAGGAAGAGUAUUCAAUGGAUCUGGUAAAGCCAUUGACAAAGGGCCAUCUGUACUAGCAGAAGACUUUUUGGAUAUCCAAGGUCAACCCAUCAAUCCACAAUCUCGUAUCUACCCCGAAGAGAUGAUCCAAACGGGUAUCUCAGCUAUUGAUGUGAUGAACAGCAUUGCUAGAGGACAGAAGAUCCCCAUCUUUUCUGCUGCUGGUCUCCCUCAUAACGAAAUUGCUGCCCAGAUCUGUCGUCAAGCCGGUCUGGUCAAACUGCCGGACAAGGGUGUCUUGGACGGACAUGAAGAUAACUUUGCCAUCAUCUUUGCUGCUAUGGGUGUGAAUAUGGAAGCUGCUAGGUUCUUCAAGCAAGAUUUUGAAGAGAAUGGUUCUAUGGACAAUGUGUGUCUUUUCUUAAACCUGGCCAAUGAUCCUACGAUUGAGCGUAUCAUCACCCCUCGUCUAGCCCUGACUGCUGCAGAAUUCCUGGCUUACCAGUGUGAGAAGCACGUUCUUGUUAUCCUCACCGAUAUGAGCUCUUAUGCAGAAGCUUUGAGAGAGGUGUCUGCUGCUCGUGAAGAGGUCCCGGGUCGCCGUGGUUUCCCUGGUUACAUGUACACCGACUUGGCAACUAUCUAUGAGAGGGCAGGUCGGGUCGAAGGUCGCAAUGGAUCCAUCACUCAGAUUCCCAUUCUUACUAUGCCUAACGACGACAUUACUCAUCCCAUUCCUGAUCUGACAGGUUACAUCACAGAGGGACAGAUCUACGUUGACAGGCAGUUAGACAGUAGACAGAUUUAUCCACCCAUUAAUGUGCUGCCCUCGCUGUCCCGUCUUAUGAAAUCUGCUAUUGGAGAGAAUAUGACGAGGAAAGAUCACGCUGAUGUAUCGAACCAGCUGUACGCCAACUAUGCCAUUGGUAAAGACGUCCAGGCCAUGAAGGCUGUGGUAGGAGAGGAAGCUCUGACAUCCGACGAUCUCCUCUACCUCGAGUUCCUGCACAAAUUUGAGAAGAACUUCAUCACCCAGGGUAAUUAUGAGAACCGUACCGUAUUCGAAUCUCUGGACAUCGGUUGGAAACUCCUACGUAUCUUCCCAAAGGAGAUGUUGAAGAGAAUCCCGCAGAACAUCUUAGCAGAGUAUUAUCCUCGCGACUCGAGACGUUAACCCUUCUCUCACCGUUAAUCGGAUCUCUAUUUUGUCCCUUUCUUGUUUUCAGCCUGCUGUAUAUCUUAUUCUUUCUCUUUCUUUUUUUUGCUGGGCAAUAACUAACUGUUGGUAUUAGUGGGUUUUGUAUUGCGUUAGUUUUGUAUCCUUUAUGACCCUAGACCCUAUCUAAUAUUGUACGCUGUGUUUCGGUGUCUGUUCAAAAGGUGGGCAUGUUCUUUGAAUUCUUCUGCAAUCUUCUCCCAACCUCAAUAGAUAUUUGUAUGUCAAUUAAUGAUCUCAAUAUCCCACUGUGAAUGCUUGCAUACUUUAACCCAUCAAAGAUUGGGCUAUUAUGCUAUAAUGCACAUUUUCCAUAGACCCGAGACUGCCCGUCUGUAUCCGAUGUUUAAAAAAAAAUCUCGGCAAGGAAAGAUUUUCAGAAGAAAUAGGAUCAAACUGAAAUGUAAAAAAAAAGCCCUUUUUGAAAUGCAUAUGGAUUUAAAAACUAUUUCUUUUUCUUAUAACACUAUGUUGUCACAUUUGAAUUCAUGAAUCGAUUGGGCAAAGUGUUGUAGUAUUUCCAUAGAAGUCGCAUGAUGUGGGAGGAUGAAGAUAAACAAUGUUCUUGUAGAUUCAGUGUUAACCAGUUGACUGGUAAAUGGCCUAAUUAUCCAUAGAAUUUGUACAUUAACCACACAUUUCUAAUUGACAUUGGGUUAAUUUCCUUUUGAUCCAGCAUUUCCUUUGAUAUAAAAUUAAAACCAACUCAUUCUCAAAUCAUGUUUUCUGCAUUUGUGAUAUUGAUUAUACAUUGGACAUAGUUCAAUGAAAAUUGUGACAUUGAUACGUGAUCCUCUGAAAAUGUGAUGUCACUUUUCACAGGAUACAAUUGUUUGUGAUUACGGUAUUUAUUUUGUGCAAAUUUGUGCUAUUGUUAGGAUAUGUAUCCUACAUGUGUUCAUUUUCGGCAUGAUAUGCGUCUUAGACUUGAAGUAUUUAUGUUACGUGUUGAAGUAUUGUUAUGCUAGUAUAUGGUCAGGUAGAAUCAACAGAAAAAGACCUAAAACCUCAUAAUUAUUGCCACAAGACUAAUUAAUUACUGUAUAGUAUAAAAAUUUUGUAAGAAUAUGAUGUUUCAAUUUAGUAUAAAAGAGAAAACUCCUUCUGAAGGAAGUAGACCAUGUUAUGUUUAUGCAUUUAUGUGAAAUUAUAUCUAAGUUGAAAACUUAGUGUCACAUGAAAAGACUCAGAUUUAAAUAAUGCCUUUCAUAAUAUUUGACAGUUUUCACCUUAAGCCGAAUGGAAGUGUCAAUAGAACAUAUAAACAAACAUUUCAAUUGUAUGCAUAUGAAAGUAUUAUUUCAAUUUAGUCUCAACUGUUAAAAAUAUUUGAGAGGUAAAUAUUUUUGAAAAUAUUCAAUGUCUUUGUUUCUUAGUGUCUGUUAUCAUAUUCCAUUGGAAAAAAAAAAACAUUCCAUCAAAAUUAAAUGAAUUAAUGCUCAUGAAUAAGAUAGGUAGAAAGAGACAAUAGCUCAAAUAACUAAUUUUCAUUUUUUAAAGGUGGAAGUCAUGCGCAAUAAACUUCUUUUAAUUAAGAUGAUGUAGGCUUGAUUCUGAUAGUAACCAUUCUAAAGCAUUUUCUUGGGUAAUAAGUGCUAGGGAAUGUGGAAAAAUGGUGCUUUGAGCAAAGUGAUUAUUUUUUGCUAAUCACUCUUUACUCUCCAUCUUAUGUUACUAUUGCACUGUGCAAUGUUUCAAUAUUGGCUAUUAUUUUUUACCAAUGACUCUUUACCCUCUACUAUUGCACCUGUGCAAAGUUUCUAAAAUGGUUAGUGUGUACUUAUCACUCUGUACCUUCCAUGGCAUAUUGCUCUAUAUUUCAAGAACUUUGAUAUUUUUAAUUGGUUGAAGAGGAAUGCAUAUGUAACAUUCUGUCUAUGGCUCUUGAUUUUUCCCUGAUGAGUUUUUAAUUGCCAAAUGGCAAUACAAAAUCUGUUUUAUGCAAUUUAUGUCCAAAUAGCUCUUUGCCUCAGUGCUUUCAGAUGUAACUUGCAGAGGAGAAUUCUUGAAUUGAAUACAGUAAUGAUGAAACGACUUGAUUUCCACAGAUAAAAGCCAAGAAUUUGGAAUGAGUAGUGAAAAUUGCGACCAAUUAGUUGCAGUGAAGGUGUUACGGCAUGAAAAUAUGCCGUUUAUCUAUGCCUCUGAAAUAGAUGUAUAUAAAGAUGUUUUCAAGACACGGAAUUGACAUGAAAGAGCAUUUAAUGUUGGAAAAUAAACAGAGCUGUAUCCUCCUUAAUACUAUGACACACUGGAUUCAAUCAAUCUGCCUGACCGAAUUUUGAAAAUGUUUAUGCUGGAAAACUGUUGUCAGCUAUUAUGAAAUAAAUUGUGACGUCUAGUGAAAAAUAUUUCAGUAAUAUGGUAGAAAAAGCCCCCCUUUAAUAUUCUAGUUUUACAUAUGAUAUGAUCUUUGAAUUACGCAUCUUGUUACAUUGGCAUGCGUAUGGAUACAUGUGAAAGAGACUAUUGAAACUGUGUACAUAUAGAUGUUCAAAUGAUAUGGUUCAUAGAUAUUAUAUAAAAUUUAAUUAUGUAUUGAUGUUCUAAAUUGUCAAACCUAAUGAGACUACCUAAUAUUUGAGUCAGAUGUGGACUUGUUGUUUGGGAUUUUUACCAAAUUAAACACUUCAUUGAUUGUAAGUGAGAGAUCAUCACAGUUCCAUCAUCAUAUUUGAGGUCUACACCCACAUAGCUUACAAUGUUUGGUCUCAUCUCACAUGAUGUUCCUCUACUAAUAGUUUACACCAUGUGGGCUUAAGACUAAUGAGAAUUAGACUUUUAUUAGACCAAGUGUAGUGUAAAACAAUAAUUAGACCAAAUUGAGAGUAGGCCGUGUGGGUGUAGCCCAUAUGGUAUUAGGAGUUUCAUUGGAUCUAUAUCAUAUUCAAUGUUGAAUGUCAGUACUGCAAUAAAUAUAUGAUAUAUACAAUGUAUAUUUACCCGAAUAA